AUCAGCUGUUGGACGAAAACAUUGCUCCGCGCGACAGGCAGAAGCGAAGGCAGAAAUAACACAAAACCAACUUCCAGGAUGGGUGGGAGCACCUCGAAAUUCAAAAGGUGGAUGGGAAGUCGAGAAGAAGACGUGGGAGGAUGCGAGAAGGCAGUCAAAAGACUCGCAACGCCCUUUGUCUACACGAGAAGAGGUUCAGCAGAAGACAGCGGAGCAGGUGAGAGAUCUGUCAAGAGGCUCGCCACUCCUUAUGUAUAUACCAGGAAAGGCUCAAUGUACUUUGAUGAGGACGGAGACGUGGCUCAUGAGUUUUACGAAGAAGUUCCUCCUCUAAGGCGCGGGGUGAAGGCAACAAUGCGGAGAAUACUCACUAAUUUAACUCCACAGGGUGAUGUUCGGCUACCCUUCCCAUGCCUGCACGUAGACUUUCCUAUCGUCCUUUACCAAGACAGCUGAGAAGAGGAGGGGGAAGGGAGCUUUAUGAACUACUGGGCGUGCCAUUUACCGGACUUCGAAGCCAUGGUCGAGGAGCUUUCCAAGUGUUGAAAUUCUCUGAAAAGAAGGAAAGAAAUUCUUUGUGAAUAUUCAGUGGGAAAUUCAACACGAUAAGGGAAUGGUCUUCCCCUCCCCCUCUCAACCUCCUUUUUACCCUUACUCAGAAAAGGAAAAAAAAGAGAACAGUUAGAAUGAUGGAAGAUUCCUGACACCCUUCCUUCAAAGAGAGGUUGUGGUGCCCCUAUCUAGUCUUAAGCAAUGUGAGCAGCAUUAUGGGAGUCUCAAAGGAAUUUUGUCCCAUCCAGUUGUUUCAGACCUUUAUUGUUGUGUGUAUAAUAGUUCUGUCAUAAGUUAUCCAUAACUUUUUUCAGUCUUUUUUUAUUUUAUUUUUUUCUUAAUGUGUGUGGAGUACCUGACCACUCCCAAGAGUUAUAGUUAUUUGUAUGUACAGUGCGGAUAAUUCUGCCCUUUCCUUAAUAUAUGCGAGGUUGUGAUACUGUGUGAUCCUGUUGGAAUGUGUUUCAUCUGAAAACAGAAGCAAGGUAUACCCUCAUUUGUCCCAAAAAGGUGAAUUGAAUCAGCUUUUUUAAGAAAGGAAAGAGCAAGUAAAAUUUUGAAUAAUUAGUAAUUGCAGUUGUUAUUACAAGACCACAAGUGUAGUGGGGUCACACAAUAUUAUGUCACAAAGACUUCAAAACAUUUUUUUUUUUUUUUUUCGUUCUUUCUUUCUUUCUUUUCUUUUUUCCUUUUUUUUUGCCUUAUCUUGGUCGGAAUAGACACAUCAGGAAAAUUACAUUCUGACCACGGAAAAGUUAUCUCUUCUAAUACAGUUACAAAAAGUGAUUUGGUUCUGUUCUGUUUGUUGAAGCACAGAAUUGAAACAUGUAGCUGAAGAAAAAAAUAAGUAAAAGGACAGACAUUGAAUACUCAAAUGGAAAGUGGCAGUACAACACACAAUAUUCCCUUAAGGUCUCUACAAAGAUCUCUAUACAUGCAUGUGGACAAUCUAGCAAACAUGCAGUCUCAAAUUUGAGUACAGUUUCGUUCCCUCGAUAUUUUAAUUUUAUUGGAUAACCUUUUUAAAGCACCAAGUUUUAUUUGGUGUUGAGGCUUACAAGUGUUGUGUUUUCAUGUAACCCAUAAUGUCUGUAUGUAUGUGUCUUACUCUGUAAUGGAAGAGGAAUGCAGAAGCCACAAAGCUGGAUGAAUUCUUGAAUCCUUAAUUUAAAUAGAAUAUAUAUGUACUCUUCCAAUGUUGUGUGUAUGGAAAUGUGUAAAUAUAUAUAUAUAGAUAUGAUGUGUGUAUAAUAAACAUAUGCAUAUAAUUAAUGAAAAACACAUUUCCGUGUUAAUAUAGUAAAGAAAAACUCAGAUAGUAAAUGCAUACCUUUUGAUAAAUCAGUGUAUUUACUGUGUGAGUUUUUGAUGGAUGCCUAUUUAUUUAUGAAAUUUGCUUGUAUUAUGUGGUAUGAAUAGUAGUUGAAACUUCCAUAUGCAUCAUCUAGUAAGCUGCUGCACUAUUGAUUUCAAUAGCAAGCCCUGGUGCAACUUGCAAACUUCUCUGCUUGCAGGGAGGAGUGAUCUUGGUGUUCGUUUCUCUCCCUUUCAUAACAGCUCUCUGUGCCAUAGUGGCUAUUUGCAUUACAUUCCAAAAUAAGCAGCAAUAGAAAAAAAAAUCUCGUCAUCUCUAAAGGUUUGCUGAAUACUCCAAAGAGAUGUAGAAAAUAGUGUGAAUAUUGUAGAAAAAAUGUGAAAUUACUCUUUGAGGUACGGCUGCAAAACAAAAGUGAUUUUUUUUUAGUAUUAUGGAGAAUUUUGAGUCAGUUUUUGUUUUCUUUAUAUUAGGCAAGAUCUUUCUCAUCAGCUGUAUAUUUGAAUGAUUACCCAUCACUAAAAUAGAAAGUACAGGAGUGGAUUUUAUUUUUUUUUUUCAAGAUAUGGAAUGAAUUACAGUAGCAAGAUAUGUAAGCAAUAGGAUUUUCUUUCUUUCUUUCUUUCCUUUUCUUUCUUUUUACAAUACUGUUCUUACCAACAUACUAACUGUCGUGUAUGUGACCAUGACUUAAUCUUUAUUUUGGAUGACCCAAUGGUAAAUGUCAUGUUUCCUUUUAAUUUCUGACAGAGUAACUUGGUGCAAUAUGAAGAUUUAAAAAAAAAAAGUAAAAACAAAGGAACUUG